AAUGAAGCUGCCUCAGCUCUGAUUCCCUUCUAUCCACAUACAGCUUAUAUAUAAGUUCCGUAGCAAUUCAUUCAACUCUUACCAAGCACUCCCACCGUAGGGAAAACGCUUUCAUGACCGCGACAUUUACCCUUCCUUUUCCUGCAUGUUUCCAGCUUUGAGACCGAUACAAAUAUUCCAUGGAAAUGAUCAGAUUAAGAAGAUAAUGAAACAGAGCCAGAAACAGAGAGAGAUGAAGAGGGCAGAGAGAAGAAAGUGGGAGGACAUGGCAUCCGAUUGCUUGGUCUGUAUAUUCUGCUAUCUAGGAGUGGAGGAGCUCACAGUUUCUGUUCCCUUUGUCUGUAAAUCAUGGCAUGAAGCUUCCAUGGAUCCUCGGUGCUGGAAGAAUCUUGACUUCAGGGAGCUGGAUUUUCGUCCAGGAAGCAAACUUGAACGAAGAUUCAAUGAACAGUACUGCUGCGGUGGUGUUUUCAGAAGCAGUUUCUCAUUUUCUGCUUUUAUGAAGAUCUGCGUUAGCCGCAGCCGUGGAUCAGCGGUGGAGCUUACGAUACCAUAUGUUGUUGGGGCUUCCAUUCAGCAGAGCAGGAUCUGAUUUAUGCUUCCGUCCACUUUGACAACAGUACAAAUAGUUAUUGAAAUGAUCGGAUUUAAGAACAUAUUACAGACGGCCAAACAAACAGAGAAAGAGAGAGAGAGAAACAGAGCAUGGAAGAAGAAAGGAAGUGGGAGAAUUUGGAUUCAGACUGCUUGGUCUCUAUAUUCUGUUAUCUAGGAUUGGAAGAGCUCACAGUUGCUCUUCCAUUUGUAUGUAAAUCCUGGCACGAAGCUUCUUUGGAUCCUCAAUGCUGAAAAAGGAUUGACUUUUUUAAACUGGACUUCUGUUAUGGAGCAAUUCUGAAAAGAAGUGUCAAGCAAAAGUAUGGCGUUGAGGGAAGUAAUUUUGAACGAAGAUUAAAGCAAACGUAUGGCGUUAGGAGCAGCUUCUCCUUUUCUUCUUUCAUGAAACUCUGCGUUGACCGCAGCCAUGGAUCUGCAGUUGAGCUGGCGAUCCCGUAUGGCUGUGGUGAUUCAAUUCUGCAGGAUCUGGUCUCUGCUUCAAUCGAGUGUCCAAGUUUAAAAGUGGUUGAAUUAUUAGAGAUGAGCCUCGAUGUCGUGGAGAAACUUCCUGCAUUGAUAAGUAAAUGGAAAGAGCUUGAAAUUCUAAAGAUCCCAUUGCAACUAUUUUCAUUCACACAAAUACUUGAACAAAUCAGGAUCAACUGUCCCAAAUUUAUAGGGCUUCACUUGCAUGGAUAUUUUAGUAACAGAAGAAUAAAGGCCAUUGUUAGAUGUGUCCCAAGAUUGAAGAUUUUGGUGAUAGAUGGAGCUAGAAUUAAAAAGAAUGAUUUGAUGGAGAUGUUGGAUGGUUGCAAUGAAUUGCAGCUGUUCAGUGCGUCGGAUUGUGCUGGCUUUAAAGUGGAUGCUGAGAUAUUAAUGAAGACAUCUAACAUCAAGAAGGUUGAGUUUAAGAACACUCCCACGCAAUGUAAAAUUGAAAUUGAUUACUUCUUUUAGAGAGAUUAACAAUUUGUUGGAUUUGCCAAAUGUAAUUGCAAUAAAUUUUUUGA